AUGACGUCCACCUGCCCCAACACCACGCGCGAGAGCAACAGCAGCCACGCGUGCAUGCCCCUCUCCAAAAUGCCCAUCAGCCUGGCUCACGGCAUCAUCCGCGCGACCGUGCUGCUCAUCUUCCUCACCGCCUCGUUCGUCGGCAACAUAGUGCUGGCGCUCGUAUUGCAGCGCAAGCCGCAGCUGCUGCAGGUGACAAACCGCUUCAUCUUUAACCUCCUCGUCACCGACCUACUGCAGAUCUCGCUUGUGGCCCCCUGGGUAGUGGCUACUUCCGUGCCUCUCUUCUGGCCCCUCAACAGCCACUUCUGCACCGCCCUGGUUAGCCUCACCCACCUGUUCGCCUUUGCCAGCGUCAACACCAUUGUCGUGGUGUCGGUGGAUCGCUACCUGUCCAUCAUUCACCCUCUCUCCUACCCGUCCAAGAUGACCCAGCGCCGUGGUUACAUGCUCCUCUAUGGCACCUGGAUUGUAGCCAUCCUGCAGAGCACACCCCCACUCUACGGCUGGGGCCAGGCUGACUUUGACGAGCGCAAUGCCCUCUGCUCCAUGAUCUGGGGGGCCAGCCCCAGCUACACUAUUCUGAGCGUGGUGUCCUUCAUCAUCGUUCCACUGGUUGUCAUGAUUGCCUGCUACUCCGUGGUGUUUGGUGCAGCCCGGCGGCAGCAUGCUCUGCUGUACAAGGUCAAGAGCCACAGCUUGGAGGUGCGGGUCAAGGACCGUGUGGAGAACGAGAAUGAAGAGGGGUCAGAGAAGAAGGAUGAGUUCCAUGGUGAGAGUGUGUUCCACCGCCAGGAUGAAGGUCAGGUCGAGGCCAAGGAGGGCAGCAUGGAAGUGGAAGAGGGCAGCAUGAAAGCCAAGGAAGGAAGCAUUGAGACCAAUGAGGGAAGCGUGGAGGCUAGGGGCAGCGAAGAGGUUAGAGCGAGCAGCAUGGUGGCCAGUGAAGGCAGCAUGGAGGGUAAGGAAAGUGGCAUCAAAGUUGAGAACGGCAUGAAGGCAAACAAGGGCCGUAUAGAGGUCAACCAGUGCAACAUUGACUUGGGCGAAGAUGACAUAGAGUUUGGUGAAGAUGACAUCAAUUUCAGUGAGGAUGAUGUUGAGGCAAUGAACAUUCCAGAGAGCCUCCCACCUAGUCGUCGUAACAGCAGCAGCGACCCUCCUCUGCCCAGGUGCUAUGAGUGCAAAGCUGCUAAAGUGAUCUUCCUCAUCAUUUUCUCCUACGUGCUAUCCCUGGGGCCCUACUGCUUUCUAGCAGUCCUGGCCGUGUGGGUGGAUGUCCAAACCAAGGUACCCCAGUGGGUAAUCACCAUAAUAAUCUGGCUUUUCUUCCUGCAGUGCUGCAUCCACCCCUACAUCUACGGCUACAUGCACAAGACCAUCAAGAAGGAAAUCCAGGAUAUGCUGAAGAAGUUCUUCUGCAAGGAAAAGCCCCUCAAAGAAGGCAGCCACCCAGACCUGCCUGGAACCGAAGCUGGCACAGAGGGUGGAACUGAAGGCAAGAUCAUCCCUUCCCAUGAUUCCGCUACUUUCCCUUGA